UAUAAAUACAACAGUGAUGUCAGUUCCUGAACUGAACCUAGAAGAAUAUUUAUUCAUACUGUUUUGAUUAGUUAAUUCAAUACACUUACAGAAGGUGAUUACUUAAUAUUUUCAUAUUUAUAGGACAUUUAAAUAAGUUAAGCUCAAUAACUUCAUAUCUGGCGCUCUCAUACCCUAAACUAAACCUAGCGUAAGCCUGGUUUUGUUGUAAUAAUUGUUAUUUGCUUACAGGAGAACCCAUUUUCGACGAUUCGCUGUAUACACUGUUGUGCACUUUAGUUCUAAGUUGUCAAGUAUACUAGUAGUAGUUAUGUAGAUAUGGCUGCUGACAUUGACUGACUGAAUCAUUCAUUCAUUUAUUUUCAUUUAGGCUAGGCUAGUGUUAGUGAUAUUUCUUUCAUUCGAAAUUGGCGUAGGUGAAGCUUGGCCUGGCUGCUGCCGCUCAUACAUAAAAAAAAAUUAAAUUAAAUAUUUCGAUAGAUUAUGUUGUAGCUGUAAUCUGUGGCAACGGCGUGUUGUCGGCAACAGGGUGGAAACAAGAAGUGUCGAAUGUAUUGCACAUACACAUGGCCACUAUAAAAAAUUAAGCCCUGGCAAGCUACAAUUAUUUCUUCAAUGUGUCUACACGUCCGGCGCGUCGGACAAAUAGUGCGAGUGAUAUAUGUCCAGCGGGCAUGUCACGUGACCGCCGGACGACUAGUUGUCAUUAUUUCGAACGAAUUGACUAAUUGGGAGAUCUUGUCUGGUCUUGAGGUAGAGUGUUUGCUUCACGAUAUUAUAAUUAAAUUUGUGGAUCAAUGCCCAGUAUGGGAUCGUUUUUUCCCCCCCAUUUUAAUUAAAAAUAUUUUAUAUUAUAUUUAUAUUAUCAUGUUCAUCAGCAACAGUAGUUUCAUGAGAAGUUUUAAAAUAUUUUGUAGCAAUUUAAACAAUUUAAAAUUAAAUCUUUUACUUUUAUUGGUUGCCUACUCCAUACUGAAUACUAAAUACUAGCCCCUAAUUUAUUUUAUGGAUUACUGGUACACAAACUCAAAUAACAAACUAAACAAAAAUGUUUACAAACCACUUUCACUUAAGUUUUUUCUAUUAUUUGCAUUCAAGAUACUCAGUACAUUACUUGAUAGAGAAAUAUAUUUUAAAGUAAACAAUAGUUUUGAAUCAUUCGCGGUCACGUGACAAGAUAUGUCUUGCCACUUUGUUACGGCGGUCAUGUGACUUGGUCGACGGACAAAUAGUGCGGAGAUACAUACAGUGCGCUGGACGUGUAGACACUGCCUUAUUUCUUGGGCUCAACUCGCUCCGCCCAGUCACUUCAAAAUUAUUAAAAUUAUUUAAUAAUAUUAUAAUAAGUUGUAAGACUUAUACUAGUUAUACUAAUAGCAAAGUUACUAAAAUUUAAGUUACAAAUGAUCUUUAGUUUAAGUUAAGUGUUCACAUAUAUUUUCAAUAAUCAAUAGUGUACCGAGUACUGGUAUCCCAAUGGGUUUUUUUGAUUCCUUACUUAGUCUAAAAAGUCACAAGUCAGACAAGUGCAUUUCUAAAAAGUUUGGUUCAUUUGUAUAACAUUUAACACAGUACGGAGAAGUUUAGGAAAUGUAAACACUCCACCCAGAGGUGAUAAAUUAUUAAGGUUUAAUUGCUAAUUUCAGACCAUAACAUAUCCUUCACAAACCACUCCUACAAAGGACGAAGAUUACUUUCAUUUUGUAAAGAAAUAAAAUGAUUCUUGUCUACACUAAUAGAGCUUCUACUUCUAUUCAUUCAAUGAUUCAUAAUUGAAUAACUUAUUUUAGGCUUAACCUUCUUAAUUGAAAAAUAAACUCACAGAUAUUGGUGAAUUGGUUGUAUUUAUCAUUUGGGCAUUAUUAUUUCAUCCCCUAACUGAGGCUACUAAAGAGAGUGGCAACCAGAAGUUGAACAGAAACUGCAGUUUAUGAUCUCUCCUACAAUUUCUUAAAUGUCUUCCCCAAGCAAGUGGUACUCUAAACCAGUUGUUCUCAACCUUCUUAACUCACAGCGCCCUUUUUGGAAUCAAUGUCUAUGAUGGAGCCCUUUAGGCCUAUCCUAUGUCAUGCAAUGGUGUUGGGGGGGGGGGGGGGAUCACGGAGGCUGUAAAUGUAUUUUUAAAAAAAAAAUCUUACUCUAAGAUAAUUAAAAUAUCCGCAGUCAUGCUUUCUGUUCUUAGUUUUGGAUAUUACUUUUUAAAAAAAAAUGUCAUGCAAUGGUGUUGGGGGGGGGGGGUGAUCACGGAGGCUGUAAAUGUAUUUUUAAAAAAAAAAUCUUACUCUAAGAUAAUUACAAUAUCCGCAGUCAUGCUUUCUGUUCUUAGUUUUGGAUAUUACUUUUUAAAAAAAAUUACAGAAUUAAAAAGAAAAUGCUAUGGUUGUUAUUUUUAUCAUUGUUCAUUAGAAAAAAUUCCUGACCAGCUGGCUCCCACUCAACUCUGAGAUAAUAAAUAAAAAAUGUUUAUUGUCUUACUUCAGGUGACAAGGCAUAACUAGUAUGUCUGACAGUGAGGACAGCACUUUCGACAGUGAUGCCGGGGAAGACAAGCAAGGAUCUGAUGGAGAAGCCAGCACUAAAAAUGAUGGAAGUGACCACAAUGAGGACAGUGACAAAGAAGGCAGUGAGAAAGCAGCAGACAGCGAUGAUGAACAAGAGAACUCGAGAGGAAAAAAUGUAGAUGAUGAAGCAGAAGAGAGUGAUGGCGAAGAAAAAGAUGGCGAUGAGGAAGAACCCGACGGGGAAGAUUUAAUAGACGAUGAAGAUGUAAGACCCCCAUUUCUGAAAUUAAACAAAGCUUUCUAGCAAAUGUUCUUGUUAUUCUGAAUUCUUCAAACAAAUUUUGUUAAAAUUUCAUUUUAAAAAUGUCAUUCUAAUUGUUUCAAAACAGAAUUAACUUGCUUUGUAUAUUGUUUUUUUAGGAGUACGAUGAAGAAGAAGAUGAAGAAGAGCAGACAAGAGUGAGAAAGAAGAAAAGAAAAGGCGCACUAGGAUUCAUCAUUGAUGAGGCCGGUAAGUCAUGAAUAUCUGUUAAUCAUAAAAUAUUUAUCCCGCCUUUCAAUAAUUGAGAAAAAUAUUGAAGGGGUUAAAAUUGGCUGAGCUCUCAACUUUUUUAUUUAACUCAUUCCUUACGGCAGUGCUACUUCCGUACGGUACUUAAUUUAUAUACCUGAGAAAGGGAAGUAACUCCAUUUUGCAAUUGAUUUACAUUUGUAAAUUAUUUUUUUAAGCUGUUAAAUAUUAAUUCAUGUUUAUGAAUUGAGGACAAAUGCAUCGAAAAAUUAAUAAGGUUUAAUAAAAAUAUAACAUAAGCGGUGAAAAAAUAAUGAUCAGUGACAAAGAAAUUGAUUUUUGGCACCUAGGACAAGCACAUGCUAAAUAUAGAUGAGCCAUAGUAAAGCAUACAUAAAUUAAAAGUGAAACAAGAUUAAAAAAACUUUCGGUUUUUAAAUCGAAAUCUAUGCAGAAUCAAGCCAUUGCCGGAAGUCUCAAAGGAUGCAAGAUUUCAUUGCUAUUUUAAAAUUAAAAAAUAGAGAGGUGUGUCGCUAUGCGCCAGGACGCAUUUGGAUGCAACUGUCAAAAUCCCCAAAAGGAUGCAGUUAGUCUCAACCGUCGGGAAUGAGUUAAAGAUCAAAACUAUUUAUUAAUUCAAUUUAAGGUAAAUCAAUUUUAAUGUUUUUUUGAGGCUGAAAUUAAACUAAAAUUCUUUGUUAAAAAAAUCGAUUCAAUAAAUUUGUGAGAAAAGGCCCAUGAAAAUGUAGAUAUGUAAUUUUAUUCUUUUUUCACAGAUGUUGACGAUGAGGAUGAUGAUGAUGACGGAGAGUGGGAAGACGGCGCUGAAGAGAUUAUUGACAGAAAAUCAACAUAUGAUGCUUCUGAGCGAGAAAUUGAAAGCCAUCAAAGACUCCGACAUAUCUGGGAGUAAGUAAAUAAAAUAAGGUUCCAUCAAAAGAAUGGGUUAAAAAAAUAAUAUAGGCUGUAAUGGCAGGACUUUAGGGGAACAAAAUAAUAUGGGCUACAAUGAUAGGACUUGUACUUGUAGGGCAUCAAAAUAAUAUGGGCUACAAUAGCAGGACUUGUAGGGGAACAAAAUAAAUGUUGUAUAUGUCAAUGAAAGGUCUUAGAGGGGAACAAAAAUAAAUGAUUAAAGUCAUGUCCUCUUUUGGUUCAGAAUUCUGUUGUAACCACAGUUAAAACUUUCCCCACUGUUGUAACCACAGUUAGUAAUUUCCCCCACUGUUGUAACCACAGUUAGUGACUUCCCCCACUGUUGUAACCACAGUUAAUGACAUGCCUCACUGUUUUAACCACAGUAAGUGACAUGCCUCACUCUUUUAACGACAGUUAGUAACAUGCCUCACUCUUUUAACCACAGUUAGUAACAUGUCUCACUGUUUUAACCACAGUUAGCAACAUGCCUCACUCUUUUAACCACAGUUAGUAACAUGCCUCACUCUUUUAACCACAGUAAGUAACUUGCCCCACUUUUUUUUUCUAUAUAGGAGUCAGAGAGAAGAUGAGAUUGAGCAAUACUACAGACAGAAAUUUGGUAAUGUGACAACUGCCGAGCGCUAUGGAGAAGGAGAGGAAAUGUCAGACGAGAUCACCCAGCAAGGUCGGCUGCCUGGUGUCAAGUAAGCUCACCAAUUCUCUUACUUUUGACACAAGUAACUUACUUUUUUUUUUUAAGAGGCUGUAUUCCAGUUCUUGUUGUUCAAUUAAACAUGUGUCCCUGAAUAAUAUAAACAGAUGUAAUAUUUUGUUUAAAAAGUGAAAGCAAUUGUAAUAUUUUGUUUAAAAAGUGAAAGCAAUAACAUAAGCCUUCUUUUAAAGACCAGAUGUGUCAGUGGUAUAAUCAUGCUCCAACAAGUUUUUUCAGGAAUUUAUUUUUCUUGGAAACUAUUUGGGGGCAAAAAAAAUCGUUUUUUACUUCAAUUAAAUGUUAUUUACUCCAAUAAAAUGUUAUUCUAGGGAUCCUAACUUGUGGGUCGUCAAGUGCAGAAUGGGUGAGGAAAAGACUACUGUGAUUCACAUCUUAAGGAAGAUGAUAACCUAUCAGUUUACUGAAGAGGUAAGGAUAUGAUAGUUUUAUCAGUAUACUGGAGAGGUGAGGAUAGGAUACUUUAUCAGUUUACUGAAGAGAUAAGGAAAGGAUUGUUUUAUCAGUUUACUGAAGAGGUGAGGAUAGGAUAGUUUAUCACUUUAGUGAAGAGGUGAGGAAAGGAUAGUUUUAUUAGUUAAUGGAAAAGGUGAGGAUAACAUAGUUUUAUUAGUUAGCGGAAAAGUUCAGUAUUUUAUAGUCUCAUAGUUAACUGAAGGGGUAAGGAUAUCUUAUUAUUACAAAUAAGUUUGUUUUCAUUGUCUGUAUGUCAUGAAAUAUUUUGGUCAGUCACAUGACAUGUUUCGGCCAAUAAGGUGCAAUGUCAAAUUGAUAUUUUUCUAUUUUCCUUUUUCAGCCACUUCAAAUCAAGUCUGUGGUUGCUAAGGAAGGUCUCAAGGGCUACAUCUACAUUGAAGCUUUUAAACAGACUCAUGUCAAACAAGCUAUUGAAGGCAUUGGAAACUUGCGAAUGGGUUACUACAAACAGCAGGUAAUAAGGGUUGCUACAACCAGCAGGUAAUGUGUUACUACAAAGAGCAGGUAAUAUGUGUUACUACAAAAAGCAGGUAAUAUGUCUUUCUACAAACUGCAGGUAAUGUGUUACUACAAACUACAGGGAAAAUGAAAUAAAAUUUGUAAUUUUUAAAAAAAAAAGCAUGUAGAAUUUUGUGUGUGUAAAAUUCAUUUUUAAAGACUUUAGUUUUAAAGUCUCCAUUAGUUCUUAAUAAAAUAUAGAUUAAUAAUGAUUUUCUUUUAUUUGACUUAAAUUUUUUACAUCAAUGUUUUCUUUUCUUGAUGAUACUUGAUGAAAGUUUUAUUAGCUUUCUCAAUUAGACAUUUGUUCAAAAGAUUAUAUAUCAGAGAUUGCCAUAUUCCCAAAUAUUGUUAGCUUUCUUAAAAAAAAUUAUAAGGGUCUCUAAUGACACCUUGUCAUUCUUAAGAUGGUGCCCAUUCGUGAGAUGACUGAUGUGCUGAAGGUGGUCAAAGAAACAGCCAGUCUCAAACCAAAGGCGUGGGUGCGACUCAAAAGAGGUAUUUUCAAGGAUGACUUGGCUCAGGUUUGUACAAGUGCUAACAAAACAAACAAUGCCCAAUACAUUUAAAAUAUAUUGAAAUUUAAAAAAAAAAAUAAUAAUUUGACUUCUAAAAAAAAUUUAUGUCAUGCUUUAAAUUGUAUGCGUGUGCUGACCUUAAUUUUUAUCUGCACACACAGAUAUGGCGUGGAUGUAACCCCUUUUUUUUUAAAAAAUAAAGUGCUUUGGAUAUGACUUCACUCUUCUGACCUGGUUUACUGUUUGUUUUCUCUAUCUCAGGUUGAUAUUGUGUAUCCCUCUCAAAAUGAGGUCGAGCUCAAACUGAUUCCCAGAAUUGAUUACACACGAGCCCGUGGUAUCAUGCGCAACUCUGCCAAUCAAGAUUCAAAGAAGAGGAAGAGACGCCCACCUCAGAAGCUGUUUGACGUUGAUGCCAUUAGGUAAUUAAUCUAAUGCAGCGUUUACCAACCUGUGCUCUGCGGAGCCCUGAGGGCACCUCGUGUACUUCUCAGGGACUCCGGGGCUACCACCUCCCCUGUGACACUACUCCUAAACUCCAUUAACUUGUAAGGCAUAGUGUAGGGCUAAGGGACUCCCCCAUAGAAGGGCUCCAUGAGUGAAAAAGAUUGGGAACAACUGAUCUUAUCCCUGUGAACAUAACAUUCCUGUUACCUCACUUAUCGAAACAGCAAAGAGCAUAAUCUUAGCGACAAAGCAUAAUUGUCAGACAUUAGACUUUAUGGUGUUACAUCUGUCUGGGGAAAGAUCAAGUUAACCCUGUUUAAACUCAUGUGUCUGUGAAAAGAUCAAAUUAAGCGCUGUUUAAGCUCAUGUGUCCGUGAAAAGAUCAAAUUAAGCCCUGUUUAAACUCAUGUGUCUGUGAAAAGAUCAAAUUAUGCCCUGUUUAAACUCAUGUUUCUGUGAAAAGAUCAAAUUAAGCCCUGUUUAAACUCAUGUGUCUGUAAAAAGAUCAAAUUAAGCCCUGUUUAAACUCCAGUGUAUGUGACAAAUAAGAAUCACUUGUUUUUUUGUCAUGUUCUUUGGUGUACAGGGCCAUCGGCGGAGAGGUGACAUCUGAUGGUGACUUUCUCAUGUUUGAAGGCAACAGAUACAACCGCAAAGGGUUUCUGUUUAAAGUCUUUGCCAUGUCCGCCAUUGUAAGCUCUGAUUUUUUAUAUAUAAUUGUUGAUUUUAACUUAGUUGUUGAUCUCAACUUUUACUUAUUGAACAAAGUUUUAAUGGGUAACUUUAAGAUGUGUUAUUUUAUUUUUUGAAUCAAGUCAAAGCCAGCUUGUAUUGAAAGCAGCUUUGAAGCAGGCAUGGUGAAAUGAAGAAGACUGAUGGUUUCUUUUACCUGUGUUUCUCCAGAUUGCAGAAGGGAUAAAACCAACAUUGGCUGAGCUAGAGAAGUUUGAGGAUCAGCCUGAAGGGAUGCAAGUUGAAUGUAUCCUAUUAACUCAGUACAACCCCUAAACAGUCAGUUUUUAAUUUUAAAUUGGCCUCUCAUCUCAGUGCAACCCCAUAACAUUCAAUUUCUAAUAUUAAAUUGGCAGUAUUUAAAAAAAAUAUAUAUUCAAAACCCUUCUGUAUGAAAUUUAAGAAACACUUUAUCUUGAUGGUCAGAAUAUUUUAAAUCAUUUUGUAAUUUGAUGUCUUAGGCUUUUAUAAUUAAUGAGGUAUAAUUAUUAAAUGUCUUAGGCUUUUAUAAUUAAUGAGGUAUAAUUAUCAAGCUAUCAAUUUAUAUAUUAUAAUAAAAGUGUUAUUUUUACCUUUUUUUAAAAAUACCUUUUUCUGCAAUCAUUUGAGCAAGGGUCAUGCCAGCCGGUUGAACUGGCACCACAUGAAUGCAUGUGCCACCUCUUAGGUGUUAAGUUUCUUUCAAUGCUGUACCAAUGUUUUGUUGGCUCCUUGACUUCACCGACCAGUGGUGCCUGAGAAACAGGAAAGUGAGGUGGCUCACACCAUGGCGCCAGGCGACGUCGUCGUCGUGGCGGAGGGGGAGCUGCAACACCUGCAAGGAAAAGUUAUCAAAGUGGAUGGAAACAAGAUUACCAUUUUGCCUAAGCAUGAGGAUCUAAAGGCGAGUGUUCAGGCCCUUUUUUUAUAUUACCUUUCUCUUGACCUGCCUUCAGACUGACGCUGACCUGUGAUAAUUUCGAUUUAAUUGAAUUACCUGUUGCUUGGUAGCUAAAUAAAUUGAUAUAUUUCUAAGAUUCAUUAAUGGUCAAUUAUUUGGAGUCAUCAUCAAUAUCCAAGGUCAUAUAUUUAACAAAAAUUUUUCAGAAUUCAUUUGAUGAAAGUUAACAGAAAUCCAAUAUUAUACUUCAGGAUUCAUUUAAUGCUAGUUAACUGAAAUCAAAUAUUAUAUUUUCCAUGAUUCAAUUCAAUAUUAGUCAAAAUGAUAUACAAAAUAUCUCCAGGAUCCAUUGGAAUUCCCUUACAAUGAGCUCAGAAAGUACUUCAAGAUGGGUGACCAUGUUAAAGUAAUCGCUGGCCGUUACGAGGGAGAUACUGGCCUCAUUGUGCGAGUGGAGGACAAUGUUAUUGUUCUGUUUUCUGACCUUACAAUGCACGAGGUAAAUAAUUAAACAUUUCUAAUACUAUUUUGCUCUUAUAUGUCAUUCAAUUAUGAAGGUGGUUUAAUGAAAUUUUAAAAGAAAAUGCAUUUAAUGAUUGCUCUCACGGACUAUUUCCAGCUGAAAGUACUGCCGAAGGACAUACAAUUGUGUGCUGACAUGGCCACGGGGGUUGACUCCCUCGGACAGUAUCAGUUUGGAGAUCUUGUGAUGUUAGAGUAAGUAGAAAAAUAUCAUUUUUAUACACUUUUCUCCACCUAAAAUUAAUUUAACAAUGUUUCUCAUACUGUUUAAGUGUACCUUAUUUUUCUUGUUAUGUCUAUUUUAUUUUACUCUGCCCUAUUGUAGGGACAAAUAAAUUUUUCCAUAGUGUGUGUCAUGUACAGAUAUCUCUACAAAAUCUGUUCAUUGCUUUGUCUUUCCUUUAAUUCAGCUCCACCUACAAUUCAUUCUACUCAUAGUUGUCUUUUUUAAAUGGUUCUGAGCUCAGCACGAUCAAAUAUAUAUUUUUUCAGUCCACAGACUGUCGGCGUCAUUGUUCGGUUAGAGAAAGAAAACUUUCAAGUGCUUAGUAUGCACAACAAGGUAUUUUAAUAUUGAUGGUUUGCAAAUCACAAACUUGACCAGUGAAACAGUUACUCUUCUGCUAUAGUUGGACAUUCAUACGACAAGCACAUAUUUGAAACGUGCAGUGCAUUUACCACCUCAAUACUAUGAUUUACUUUUGUUUUGGAUGAACCAUCUACAAUAAAGUAAUGUAUAAGUUUGUGUGUGUUUCCAGGUGGUCAAUGUAAAGCCCCAGUCCAUCACGAGAAAGAAAGACACAAGGAAUGCUGUCUCUUUGGAUUCAGAAAAUAAUAACGUUCAAGUUCGGGAUAUUGUCAACGUCAUUGAGGGACCUCAUUCAGUAAGCAGUGUCUUAAACUGUCUAUUCCCAGCAUUGCAAAAAAUGAAAUUAACACACACACACAUCCCAAUAAAAUUAAAUGAUAUGUACAGCCCCACCAAUGAUGAUAAAAUUACUUUUCUGUUCCAGAUGUUGCAAAAAAAAAUUAAUAUAUAUAUAGCCGUGCUAUCGAUGAUAAUUUACUUUAAAAUUUAACUAUAAAAUUAUUUCAGGGUAGAACUGGCGAAAUUAAACACUUGUACAGAAAUUUUGGAUUUCUGAACUCUCGACUGAUGACUGAAAACGGAGGCUUCUUUGUUUGCAGAACGAGACACUUGACACUUGCUGGAGGAGGGAAGGUAUUAAGAGAGCUUGUGCACUGAAGAUUAACUAAUUAUAAUUUCUAGUUUAAAAGUGAUGUUACCUUAAUUUUUCUGAUUUAUGGAGACGUGGGUUCCCACUCACCUUAAAAAUAAAUUUGUGUCACCAAUAACGAUUUUAAUUUAAUCUGCAUUUUUCUCUAGCAAAAUCUCACUCAGGCCGUCAAUGGGUUUGCUCCGAUGUCUCCAAGGAUAUCCAGUCCUGCUCAUCCCAGUGGAGGCGGUGGUGGAGAAAGGGGUAGAGGACGGGGAGGAGGAGGAGUGGGUGCUGGAGCGGGAAGGGGUGGCCUGUCAAAACGUGAUAGAGAAAUCAUUGGUCAAACUGUCAGAAUUAUUCAUGGUCCAUUCAAGGGUAAGAUAUUUUAGCAAGCUAGUUCACGUCUAUUUCAAAGCUAUCUCACUUAUUAAAUCUGUUUCAAAACUUUUAGAAUAAACCAUUGGAAAUGGUUGAUUUUCCAUAAAAAUACCUCCUUGAAUAUUAAAAAGAUGCCAUAUUUAUUUUUUCUUUUCUUUAUUUUUUACUCACACUGUCUCAUUGUGUAAACGAAGCAUUACACAGGUGUUUCUUGGUCGAUAUUUGCCAUUAGAAUCAAAGUUUUAUUUGUGUUACAUAUGUUACUUAGAAUCCUGCAAAAUAGAAUCCUGAAACUAAAGAACCUGGAACACCAGUCGGUCCAAGGGGAUUUAAUGUGUGAAUGUUUUGAAAAAUAGUUUUUUAGACACUGGAAACCACCCCCCACCCCCAGCUAAUUUAUUUUCCAGUUUAAGAUCUUGUUGAAUGUCAUGUACUAUGAUCUAAGACAUUAUUUUUUAGAUACCAAUAAAUAUCAUCUCUCUUUAGGUUACAUUGGAAUAGUGAAAGAUGCUACAGAAACCACAGCCCGUAUUGAAUUGCAUUCUAGCUGUAAAACAAUCUCUGUGGACCGUACCCGUCUUUCUAGUCUCACGUGAGUUUCUAAUUUAUUUAUUAUUAUUUUAUUAAUGGCGAGGUCUUGAUAUUAAAACCGUUAGUGUAACUCUGAGGUGGAGUUUACUGAAUAACUCUAAGGUGAAGUUACUUAAUAACACUAAAGUGAAGUUUACUGAAUAACUCAUAAGUAAGUUUACUGGAUAACGUUUAGAUGAAGUUUACUGGAUAACUCUUAGAUGAAGUUUACUGUAGCUACAAUUUGGUUACAUGAAUUUAAUUAUGGAAAAUCCCAUCUGGUCAAUUUCAUUGUGCCAUAUCCUGUAUCUAAUUCAGCUGGCCAAAAUAUAAUUAUUACAUUUAUUUUUUUUACACCAGUGGGUCAAAGCCAGCUGGGGGACAGACAUCCACGUAUGCGGGCCGUACUCCAAGCUAUGGUGGUCAGACGCCAAUCUAUGGAUCACGUACUCCCAUGUACGGAUCGCAAACACCACUGCACGAUGGAUCUCGAACACCUCACUAUGGUGGUGCCACGCCGUCGCAUGAGUCCGGUGGGAGAACACCUAGUGGUGGAGGAAUGAGUGCUUGGGACCCCUCCAAUGCCAACACACCAUCCAGGUGAGGGCUACUUUUGGUAUAUCAAGAUUGUAUCAAGUGUUUAAAAAAUGGAUCAAAGGUUUAAAAAAAAAAAUGGUUCAAGGGUUUAAAAAAUGUAUCAAGAGUUUUAAAAACGGUAAAUUAAUCAUGCUUUUGUAGGCAGACUGAAUCCUCGCUGAUUUCUGUGUAAUAAAGUUUGAUGACACACUGUGACAAAUCUAUCAGUUGUUGUCACAAAUCUGUCAGUGGUGUUUUGAAUGUUUGUGCUUUUUGGAAAAUUAUUUUGUGAAUCCAAGUUGCAUUUGCCUUUAAAAUAUUUUAUCAAAUAGAUUGCGUGGAAUUUUUUUUAUUGGGGAUAAAUGCAAUUUAUUUCAUGUAAUAGAGUGUUAGUGGGUUCCGUUGAGGGGGUUCUGUUGGUCCCCAGAAAAGUUUUGAUAAAUUUACACACCUGAUUUUAGUUUUGCGUAGAAACUGCCAACGUUUAAAUGAAGGCUACAAAAAAAUUGAAACAAAGAAGAAAAAAAAACAACGAAACAUUAAAAAUUCAUUUAUGAUGUAAUUUUUUAAAAAAUGAAAAGAAAUCGCCAAAAUAUUUAUAUUAACCUAGCUACUGACAUCUACCGAAUGAAUCAUUGUUUUAUUUUAAUUUUAUGCAGCUGUAGUGUAGUCAGAGUGUAUUAAGAAACUUCGAUCUCUGUAAAUAAUAUUUAAAUUUUGAAAUGAUAAUUCAAAUAAAAAAUAAACAAAAUUCACAGCAAGGACAUUAUUUCAUAACUUUACAGUUUCAUUUAACUUACAUUUCAUUUUGCACCAAUCGCUGGUCAGUUUUCUAUUAUUAUUAUUAUUUAGUUAAUUUAGUAAUAAUGUACAUAACCUUUACAUGCUCUUUUCAUUUCUUCCCAUUGGGUGGAACACAUUAUCCAAAGUAAUAAGAUUACUUAUUUUUUUUAAAUGCCCGUACCCGGUUUGGUGUUUUUUUUGUGUGCCAAAAAUGAGUAUGUGCCAGGUGUGUUGAUACUCUGCAUUUCUGGUUAACCGCGUCAGUACCUGGCCCAGCCCUUUCUGAAAUCAGAAAAAUGUUCAAUAUGUCAUUUUACUUUUCGUUCAUAGAAACAAUGAUUUUGAAUAUAAUUACGAUGAUUCACCCUCACCCGCUGAAUUUGGAGCCACACCCAAUCCUGCAACCCCAGGUUACCAUGCAGAUUCCCCAGGACCCACCGGACCAUAUACUCCACAGACACCUGGCAGUGCAUACUCUCCAUAUCCUGUUCCCUCACCAGGUGGCUUCGAAGGUAUGCAUCAAAUUUACAAGUUUUAAUUGGGCUUGAAAUUUUGACACAUGAGUUUCUUUUAUUCUUAUUUUCUUGAGGAAGAAAGUGAGGGAGUGAGAAAUCUUCGAUCCAGCCUGUCAAUGGGUUAUGUUUAAAUAGCUAAUUUAGAUUUGAAAAUGUUCAGACACAUUGGAUAUGUUUCAUAAUGAAAUACUUGUCGAUAUUUAGGGUUUUGAUGAGCUGCAAUUAUAAAUUAUUAGAACACUAUUUUCAGUGUCUUUUUACAAAUAAAUUAAUAGUAAGCACAAAAAUUAAGUUUUAUUUAUCUUUCACUACAUUUUGUUUACUUCCAGCUCAAAGUCCAGGUUUUGUUGGGACCCCAAGUCCUGCUACACAGUCUAGCCCAAGUCCAGCAAGCUUUGCUGGCAGUCCCUCUCCCAUGGGUUAUAAUCCAAUGACACCAGGAGCUCCUUUCACGCCUCAAACGCCUGGCGGAGGUAAUACACACUUUUAAUAAAUAAGUCUUAACCUGUUUUUAAUCCAAGCAUGUUUCCUUUACAGUACUCCCUUGUUUAUCGCUGUCAAGACUCUACUGCGAUAAGUGAAUUUCCGCAAAGUAGGAUUCUUUAUUUAUUAAUGGAAUAUGUUCGUAGUUAGAGAAUAGAAAACCUGUUCACGACCCUCUAAAUACAGUUUUAAACAUUAUAAGACUCUCUGGGGAUGCUCGAAUGCAUAGGCCUACAGUCCAUAUGUACAGUAAUUUUAAUAGUAAUUCAUAGAUGUAUAACUGACUCAGACAACUGAGUGCGCGCUGUAUCAUUUUUAACUAUUUCGAUCAACUUUUUAUUGAAUGCAUAUUAUAUUUGAAAAAAAUCGUGAUAGAUUGAAGCUGCGAAAAUCAAAGAGCGAAGUGGCGAGGGGUGACUAUUAAAAGUUCAAGUGUAUAGAAUGAUUUCUUAAUUCAAUCAUUUUUAAUGUCAUUACUGACUUCUUCAUAAUAGUGUUGAAAAUGCUUAUCAUCAGUUUUCUGAGUACAAAUCCUUGUCUAUUAGCUCGCCUGAAUGAAUUUGUGUAUGGAACUUCUUCUUUGGUUAUUGUUGCCUUCCUUCCUGUCUUUCUCUUCCCUUCACAAAUACUGUGAGCAUGAGGUGAAAGAAGCCAUUUGUAUUCUUUUGAACUGAUUGAGUUUACAAAAUAAUAAACUGUGUUUGUUAACUUAUCAAGAACUUUUUUUUUCCUUCUGAAAAUUAAGCGUCCGUAAUACACUUUGUGGAUGUGGAUCAAAAUUGAACCUAUUUAUAUAAAAAUCGAUGUUGUGUUUCAGGCAUGGAGACAAGUUUGACAGACUGGUACACCACAGACAUCGUUGUGAAAAUAAAACCUACACAUGAAAACUCCAAGCUUAUUUAUCAGACGGGUGUCAUUAAAAGUAUUUCUGUAAGUGUUUUUUGUUACAAGGCCAGCUUAAUCCUUUACACUCGGAACACACCCUACAAACCAUAGCCGAACCAAAGGGUCUCUGCGUCACAAAUAUGUUUUAAUUAAUUGACAAACUCAUUUUGAAAAAAAAAAAAAAGAGUCCAACAAAAGUAAUGUUUGUUGCCAUAAUUGCUCUCUUACUGGUUUCUGCUAUUGACAGUUUCAUAAAUAAUGAAAUGUAAACAUUUUUGUUUGUUUGUAAUGUAGAGAGUAUGAUGUGUUUGAAAAUGAGGAUUGGGAUGGCAUAUUAACCCAUUCAGUUCUCAGGGCUCGGAAAUUUUAUCAAUUGAAACCCUACCCAAAGUGGAGCAACUUAGCAAUGACCAUAGAUUGGUUUAGAAAAAAGUUAAAACAAGUCCUAUUUUGUAAUUGUAAAUUUAUGUGACAUUGAUUAAUUUGCAUUCAUAUUUGGUUGCUUUAUGUGUUGCUUUAUGUGUUGCAUUACAUUUUUUCCCCAAUGCUUUUGUUGUGUAAGUUCCUAAAUGUCAAACUAUGAUGAAGUACUCCACUGAUCAUGAUUACAACAAUGAAAAAAAAAAUCUGCUAAGAAAAUAAGAUUGUUCCUCGCUAUAUCGAUAAAAUAACAACAAAAAAUGGAAGUAAUCUCCUUUGGUCCCACGGCUUAUGAGACCUUUAUUUCAUAACAGUUACAAGAAUACAUAGAAAUUUAUUUGAUGUGUUACAUUCACUUCCUGGUAUAAUGAAAGUUAACAGGCAGCCUUCUUCUUUAAGCUCAUUAGACAGAUUGUCCUAGAAAAAUAUUAGUUCAUCUGACUUUUAAAUUGUAAAAUUGACUAUAGAUGGAUAGUAUAAUGCAUUUUUUCCCCACAUUAAGUUGAUUUUUGUCCUCAAUGGCCAGGUAUUUUAUUGAUAAACUUGACCUCUUCUCCAACAGGGUACCAUGUGCACUUUAUACCUGAUAGAUGAAGAAAAGACAAUCAAUAUAACAUGUGAACACUUGGAACCUGUUCCCCCCAAUAAAGGAGAAAAGGUAAGCAUUUCAACAUUUUUUAAAGUUUCUCUCCAUUUGUCUUUUAACACUCAGAUUAACAGUUAUAUAACUAUUAUCCAGUGGUUCUUAGCCUUUUUGUGUGUGCUCACCUCACCCUAUCCUACAUAGUGAAUUUCCGUGGCGCACUAAUGUACAUGUCAACGACAGUGGGAGGGGAAUAACUUACAAGACGUGCAAGAGACUUAUCUCAGUUGAGGAAAUAUGUUUGUCCUCAAUAAUUCAAAUAGUUCGUUUGGGCUGAUGCCAAUAAAUCCCCCAUCAAAUAAGUAAGUUUUAAGCUCUUGAAAUUUUAUUCACUUCUUCUUUCCAAAAAACAAACAAAACUGGAUGAAAUUAUUUUAAUUACUUUUAGCAGCAAUAUCACUACUUCUCGACAGUUUCGCUGCACACUUCUGUGCCGCAGCAAACGGGUUUAGAACCAAUGCUGCAAAGUGGCAUCUUUGGAAAAAAGAUGUAAAACCCCCUAAUAACUAAAUAUUUUGUUCUACUCUCAGGCCAAGAUUAUAGCUGGCGAUGAAAGAGAGUCCACAGGAUCCCUGAUGAGUGUUGAUGGAGAUGAAGGUGUAUUGAAAAUUGACUCCAAAGAAGAAAAAGCCAAGAUACUAAUGUUGCCUAUUCAUUUUUUGUGUAAGAUGGCCGACUAAAAGAAUUAUUUUUUUGUGACCUCUUUAUUAUGUCUGUAUUAAAUAUGUAUUAAAAAAACAAUAAAUUAAAAAUAUGAGAACUGGAGUUAACAUUAUUCUUUCAUCCAGUCCAUUAAAAAAAAAAAAUGUAAGGAGGAAAGAACAAAAAUAAUGUGUCAUGAUUGUUAUUAAACUAAGAUAUGUCUUGUCUAAAAUGAAAUGUAUCUACAAAAUAUAUAAUUUUAUUUCACAAAAAUAGCUCAAAACAAUAAGAUUAGGUAACUCCUAAAUUUAGCUUUUUGUUUUAGCUUUUCUUUUAAACCAUCACCAUAUUUAUUGAUUAAGGAUUUGACUCAAAUCUCUACACGCAGCUUCUUGCCUCUGGAGGAAAAGUAACACGAUUGCUCACACAGUUUUACUGUGAUUUUGGUUUAUUUCCCUCUUUGUCAUAGUUUAUAAAUGCAAUACAAUGACAAAUUUUUGUCUUCUGAAUCCGGAUCCAGUGACUAAUGAAAUUCUAUCGAAAAAAGAAAAAUGAACAUGGUGUCUUAUCUUACAGUUAGUACUUUAAAAUGAUGUAUCUUGUACAAUUUCAGUAAGAGUAUGGUGCCUAGUUUUAGAACAUUUUAGGCAUUAUCUUAUUUAUUGUGCUGUAUGACUUCGUGUUGCCGUCAUAAGGCAUAGUUGUUGAAGUUAAGAGCGAAACCAAAUGAAUUUAAAUCAGACAAAUGUUGUACCAGAUGACACAACUCAUUUCCCAAGAAUUAAUGACUUUUGCUUCAUUAAGAAUUCUUAAUUUGUCCUCUUCCCCUUUCUUCUGUUAUCUCCAAAUACGAGUGAGUUAUGUCUCAUAUGAAGUUUUGGGUCCAUGAUUCUAAUUCUAUAGACAGUGGUUUCCCUUUUUUAUAAUAUAACAUGUUUUAUUUUAUUGAUGUCUGACCUGCCAAUCUACUUUUCUCUGAGCUUUACUCCCCUGAUAACACUGGCAGCAAACACACACACAAAAUGUGAGAAUAUUUGUUUGUGGAUUCAUCCAUGUGGGGAAUUUCCAGUGUGUGCAAUCUUCAUUUGAGGAAUAUAUCCUGUCCAGAAAAUGUUUUGUGUGUGGAAUAAUUAGUUCACUCUGAAGUGGUAUCACUUUCUGUACAAUAAUUGUUGAAUAGGUAAUGAAACACAUCUUCUAAUACCCAUUUCAUUUAUGUUUUUGUUAAAUUAAAAAGGUUUUUAAAAAUGUGUUUGGAUUAUUAAGAAGCUAUUAAAAUGACUAAAAAAAGACAAGACAUGCCUAUAGUUAAUGAUGACACUG